AUGGGAAGGUCAAGUACUCCAGAAAGAGGGCGUUCGGUUGUCAAGACAGGAGCUAUUGUCAUAGAUACUGGUACAGGGAGAUGUAAAGCUGGAUUUGCAGGUCAGCAGACCCCCAAGUCAAUCAUUGGGACAUUAGUUGGACACCCUACAGAAAAAUCUAUGCGGACUAGAAGAGAUAGACCAGAUACUUUCAUUGGAGAUCAAGCUCGAUUGGAACCUGAUACCGAUAUUAUUUUUCCAGUAAGGCAUGGCAUAAUCACAGACUGGGAAGCAGCUGAAGCACUGUGGAGGCACCUGAUCUACCAUGACCUCAAAGCUGCUCCAGAAGACCAUGCCCUUUUGAUGUCUGAUCCUCCUCUCUGUCCAACUACGAACCGGGAAAAAUUGGUGGAGGUUGUCUUUGAGUCUCUCAAUUCUCCUGGAAUUGGAUUAGUGGUAGAUACAGGCCAUGCUAUGACACACUCAGUGCCAGUCCAUGAAGGAUACAAUUUGCCACAUGCUAUAGAAAGGAUGGACAUUGCUGGAGCCAAUAUGACAUCUUUUUUGAUGGAUCUCCUCAAAGACAUGGGGCAUUACUUUGAUGAAAGAAUGUUGGAUGUUAUUGAUGAUAUCAAACAUAAAUGCUGUUACGUUGCACUUGAUUUUGAGAGUGAGUGGAAUCGUCCAAAGAGAGAGUACAUGGUGGACUACCAGUUACCAGAUGGCCAAAGAUUCAGCAUGACCUGUCAGAUGCCAGCUGUGUGGACGUAUCAUGCAAAAACCAAGACCACCUUAAUAGAGGAAACUAACAAAGAGCAGACGUAA